AUGUCAGUUUUGGAACAAAUAAAAAAAGUUACAACUGUUGUAGCUGAUACAGGAGAUUUUAAUGCAAUCAAAGCAUACCAACCAACUGAUGCAACAACAAAUCCAUCUCUUAUUUUAGCUGCAUCAAAAAUGGAAGCAUACUCAAAUUUGAUUGAUAAUGCUAUUGAGUAUGCCAAAAAAAAUGGUGAUAAAUUGAGUACAGAGGAAAAAAUUUCUUUAGCUGCUGAUAAAUUAUUUGUACUUUUUGGUAAAGAAAUAUUAAAAAUAAUUCCUGGUAGAGUUUCAACUGAAGUUGAUGCAAGAUUAUCAUUUGACAAAAAUGAAUCAAUUAACAAAGCAUUAUCUAUUAUCAAGUUAUAUGAAGAGGAGGGUAUUUCAAAGGAAAGAAUUUUAAUUAAACUUGCAUCUACAUGGGAGGGAAUUCAAGCUGCUAAGGAACUUGAAUCUAAGUAUGGUAUACAUUGUAAUUUAACACUACUUUUUAAUUAUGAACAGGCUAUUGCAUGUGCACAGGCUAAUGUUACACUUAUAUCACCAUUUGUUGGGAGAAUUUAUGAUUGGUAUGUUAAGAAUACUGAUGUUAAGGAGUAUGAUCGUAAUACAGAUCCUGGUGUAAUAUCAGUUAAAAAAAUAUAUAAUUAUUAUAAAAAAUUCGGGUAUAAAACUCAGGUUAUGGCUGCUUCAUUUAGAAAUACUGAAGAAAUUAAGGGGCUUGUUGGAUCAGAUUUAUUAACAAUUUCACCAAAUCUUUUAUUAAAAUUAGCUGAAGAUAAUGAGGUACUUCCAGUUGUUCUUACUAUUGAAAAUGCUAAAAAAAGUGAAGUUAAUGAAAUUAAUGUUACUGAAUCAGUCUUUCGUUGGGCAAUGAAUGAAGAUACCAUGGCUUCAGAGAAACUUGCUGAUGGUAUAAGAAAAUUUGCCGUUGAUGCAAGAGAAUUAGAAAAUUUAAUUAAAAAGAAACUAUAA